AGGGAGCGCUACGCGGCGCUACGGUGCGAAGUGUUGUGAUCGUGAUCGUUGUUGAUUCAAUCAAUCGAGAUCAAAGUGGAUUAAAUUGCGGGACAGUUUUUACGCGAUAGAAUGUCUUAAGCCGUGAAGAAUAAAGCACAAGAUGGCGUGUCCGUUCCGCCGCGCGUCCUCGCAGAUUCAGUUCGCGAAUGGAGGUCCCAGUGGCAAGAGUCUGGAGUUCCGUUCCCGGCAGUCGUCGAUACAUCUGGCCGGGGCGGAUGAGGAGGAAGCGGAAAGCAAUACGUUAACGCUAAAACAGCUUAGCGAAGCACUGAAGCUGCUGACCGCACCGUCUAAUGAAAGCCUGCACGCGGCCGUGACGUCACUCACCAAGAAUCAAUCGGAGCACUACGACAGAUAUCAUUGUUUACGCAGGCUACCGGAUGAUGUGAGGUCGUGCAGGAACUAUGCCUACCUACAGGAGAUAUACGACGCCGUGCGUGCAACGGACAGCGUAUGUACAAAGGACUUCAUGGCGAAGUUAGGGGAAUAUUUAAUUCUGACCGCAUUCUCCCACAACUGUCGACUCGAACGUGCCUUCAAAUGCCUGGGUACUAAUCUGACUGAAUUUCUGACGACCCUCGACAGCGUACACGACGUGUUACAUGAUCAGGAUGACAUGCUAAAAGACGAGUCAAGAGAAAACGAGGCAGCGUUUGUGUGCACGACGUCACAGGCCGGGGAAAUCCAGCUGCACCUCACUACAGAGAGCGAGCCCGUCGCCUACCUCCUUGUGGGUAGCCUGAAGGCAAUCGCGCUGAAACUAUACAACACACACACGGAUAUAAGACUGAUAAGCUAUUCAAAUGAUCCUAGGAGGUUUAGAUACGACAUAAGCGCAGUGUCCUCGCGCCAGAAGUCCAAGGAGGAGAACUGUGAGGCCAGCGACGGUAACUUGGCCUCGUCCACCAAGGUCACUGACCUCAGGAUUGGUGUGGCCAGCUUCUGCAAGGCCUUCCCCUGGCACUUCAUCACUGACAAACGACUGGAACUGGUACAACUGGGUGGUGGCUUCAUGCGGCUGCUGGGUACCUCCCUAUCGAGCCGGGGCUCCUCACUCGGCACAUACUUCAGGCUGCUGCGGCCGCGAGGAGUGCCGCUGGACUUCAACGAGAUCCUCAAGCGAGUGAACACUCCGUUCAUGUUCUGUCUCAAAAUACCCGGCGCGGCGUCGCUUGCGGAGGGACUGGAGAUAAAAGGUCAAAUGGUGUUCUGUACGGAGUCGGAUUCGCUGCUGUUCGUGGGCUCGCCUUUCCUGGAUGGACUUGAGGGUCUGACGGGGCGAGGACUGUUCAUCUCGGAUAUUCCUCUUCAUGAUGCUACUAGGGAUGUGAUAUUAGUCAGCGAGCAGACAAGGGCACAGGAUGGUCUACGGAAAAGAAUGGAUAAAUUGAAGAAUUCAAUAGUGGAGACGAGUAAAUCCGUAGACAAGGAGAGAGAGAAGAAUGUGAGCCUCCUACACCUGAUAUUUCCACCGCACAUAGCGAAGAGACUUUGGCUAGGGGAGGCGAUAGAGGCGAAGAGUCACGACGACGUGACGAUGUUGUUCAGCGACAUCGUGGGCUUCACGUCGAUCUGCGCGACCGCCACGCCCAUGAUGGUGAUUGCCAUGCUGGAGGACCUGUACAGCGUGUUCGACGUAUUCUGCGAAGAGCUGGACGUGUAUAAGGUGGAAACCAUAGGUGACGCAUACUGUGUUGCAAGCGGACUCCACAAGAAGAUCACCACUCACGCGCCUCAAAUCGCCUGGAUGGCGCUGAGGAUGGUAGAGACCUGCGCACAGCAUUUGACACAUGAAGGCAAUCCCAUAAAGAUGCGUAUCGGCCUGCACACGGGCACGGUGCUGGCGGGCGUGGUGGGCAAGACCAUGCUCAAGUACUGCCUGUUUGGCCACAACGUCACGCUCGCCAACAAGUUCGAGUCCGGCUCGGAGCCGCUCAAGAUCAACGUCAGCCCAACCACAUAUGAGUGGUUAAUAAAAUUCCCCGGCUUCGAUAUGGAGCCACGCGACCGCUCCUGCCUCCCCAACUCGUUCCCCAAGGACAUCCCGGGGACGUGCUACUUCCUACACAAGUAUACGCACCCAGGGACGGACCCCGACGCCACUCAGGUAAAGCAUAUCGAAGACGCGCUCAAAGAUUUCGGUAUCGGACAGACGAAACCGGAGGAAGUUUAUAGCGAAGAAGAACCAACAUAGUUGUAGAAAAUAUAGUAGAAUAAGUCAUCGAUACCUGUCUAGACUCUAGUCAUUGUACUUAACAUUCCAUAUUAGGUACUAAAUUGUUUAUAGAAUAUGAGAAAAUGCAUAAAACCCCUUUCUGUCUAAGGAUUAAAAA